AUGGCGUCUUGUCGGGACAUCGAAGGAUGGCGCAUUUUUCUUCUGGCUGUACUGCUACUGUCGGCGACAUGCAGAGUUUGGGCCUUGAGAUAUCUUCCGUCUCGUGAUAUCUCGCGGAAAAGUCGCUGGAGAUUGUGGGCGAAACUGGUGCCAUCAGUCGUAUGGCCUUACGUACUCGAACCGCUCGCGCUGCUUGCGUCUUGGAUACUCACCCGACUGAACCAUCGUCGGACACGGUCAUCAUCAACCAUUCUCCUACUAUUUUGGCCUUGUUACAGCGUCGGCCUCGCAAUAUGGACUAGAUCGGUCGUGCAGGAGGAAGUUUCAAAAGCGCUCUUCGUGGUUCUUUCAAAAUGGGCCGUCGAACUUUUCUCUCUCCCGGCAUACGUGCUGGAGUGCGUCUCCCCUGAUGAUCUAGUCAACGAUAACACGGAGAGUCCAGUGGUUACGGCCAACGUGUAUAGUAUUUGGUCAUUUGCGUGGUUGACGCCAUUGAUGCAGAAGGGUUCAAAGGAGUUCAUUACGGAAAAUGACUUACCUGCUUUGCUUCCCCGUGACGAGUCAGAGAAUCUUGGAAACGAUCUGCAGAGCGCUCUGGAGAAACACUCGUCCGUAUGGGUCGCAUUGUUCCUAUCAUAUGGUGGCCCGUAUGUGGGUGCUGCACUCUUGAAGCUCCUGCAGGACAGUCUCGCAUUCCUGCAACCUCAACUUCUUCGAUGGCUUCUGGCAUACAUCUCGAGCUAUCAGAGCACCAAAGGCAUGGCUAACCUUCUUGUUGGUCCGAGCCCUCUUGAGGGAUAUAUAGUUGCUGUCAUCAUGUUUAUGACAUCCAUGGCGCAAAGCGUCGUUCUCCACCAGUACUUUCAAAUCUGUUUCGAGACAGGUAUGCGUGUCCGCGCUGGCUUGGUGACUGCCAUCUACAAAAAGUCUCUCGUGCUUUCUAGCGAUGAGCGAGGGAGUCGAGCAUCUGGAGAUAUUGUUAACUUGAUGUCUGUCGAUGCAAGCAGGCUACAGGACCUGUGCACCUAUGGUCUGAUUGCGGUGUCUGGACCAUUCCAGAUCACACUGGCUUUUGUAUCAUUGUACAACCUUCUCGGAUGGUCGGCUUUUGUCGGAGUUGCGAUCAUGAUAUUCUCUAUUCCGCUAAAUACGACGAUCGCAAGGAUGCUGAAGAAGAUGCAGGAACAACAAAUGAAGAACCGUGAUAAGCGAACCAGGCUAAUGAGCGAGCUUUUGGCCAAUAUUAAAAGUAUCAAGCUUUAUGCAUGGGAAUAUGCAUUCAUCCGCCGCGUUCUGCACGUGCGCAAUGAUUUGGAGCUGAAGAUGCUGAAGAAAAUUGGCAUUGUAACGGCUCUCAAUACAACGCUUUGGAGCGGCAUUCCUUUAAUCGUGGCGUUUAGUUCAUUUGCUACCGCAUCUGUGUUCUCGUCGCGACCACUCACAGCAGACGUCAUCUUCCCUGCGAUCUCGCUGUUCAUGCUUCUCCAGUUCCCACUUGCUAUGUUUAGUCAAGUCACGUCAAACAUCAUCGAGGCAAUUGUCUCUGUCAAACUCCUGAACAUUGGUGACGAGGUACUUUCAGUCAAAGGCGGCGAAUUCCAGUGGAACAAACAAGAUAUUUCAGCUGCUCUGGAAGAUAUCAACUUGACAGUGCAUAAGGGGAGCUACGGGAAGAGUAGCUUGCUGUCAGCGAUUAUCGGGGACAUGCGAAAGACGGAGGGUGAGGUGGCUUUGUUUGGUAAUGUAGCUUAUGCUGCUCAAAAUCCUUGGAUUCUUUCUGCGACGGUUCGAGAUAACAUCCUUUUCUCGCACGAGUACGAUGAGGUGUUCUAUAACCUUGUUAUUGAAGCUUGUGCUUUGAAGCCUGACUUGGAGCUUCUCCCACAAGGUGAUUUGACUGAGGUCGGGGAAAAGGGUAUACAAAUGAUCUCUCAGCUCAGCGGUGGCCAACGUGCUCGUGUCGCGCUUGCUCGUGCGAUCUACGCUCGUGCAGAUCUCGUUCUUCUUGAUGAUGUUUUAGCUGCCGUUGACUCCCAUGUUGCCCGACAUGUCUUUGAUCAUGUCAUUGGUCCUCAAGGCCUGCUUGCAACUAAAGCGCGCAUUCUUGUCACUAACAGCAUCUCAUAUCUCAAGUAUUUCGAUCAACUUGUUUACCUGCGUCGCGGUAUUAUCUUGGAGAGUGGCUCGUACAACGAUGAAGUACGCAAGCUUGUUCACGGUCACGCUACGAGCAGCUCUAGCUCUGGAAUAACCACACCUGGACGGUCCAGCGGCAUGGCCACUCCCACCACAAGCGAGGGGGACGGAGACAUGCAAGCCACCCUUGUUGGAGAGCUUGAAAGUGUAUCAGAAAAGGUGUCACGUAGAGAAAGUUUCAAAAAGGCCGCCUCUUCCGAUGGCAUCACGAAGGAGCACAGCGAACAGGGCCGCGUCAAGAUGGAAGUGUACUCGCAGUACCUCCAUGCAGCGUCGAGAAAGGGGUUCAUGUUCUUUGUACUUGCUACGGUCCUGCAGCAGGUGGUAUCUGUCAUGUCGACCGUAAUGCUCAGGCUCUGGGGCGAGCAUAACCGCGAGAUGGGUACCAACGCGGGAUUGACCAACAAGUAUUUCCUUGGAUAUGGAUUGUUUAAUUUGGUGGCCAUUUCCAUGAGCGCGUGUGCUGCGCUUCUGAUUUGGGUUUUCUGCUCGCUUCGGAGCUCAAAGCACCUUCAUGAUUCGAUGCUGCACUCGGUCAUGCGUGCGCCUCUCAGCUUUUUUGAGACAACGCCAACGGGACGCAUUUUGAACUUGUUCUCUCGCGACACAUAUGUUGUCGAUCAAAUCCUGGCUCGAGUGAUCCAAAACAUGAUACGCACGAGCACGGGCUGCGCUUCUAUUAUAUUGGUGAUCGGGUUCAGCUUCCCGCCCUUCUUGAUCGCAGUCGUUCCUCUGGCGUGGUUCUACUCCAGGAUCACCGCGUACUAUCUUGCCACGUCGCGUGAACUUAAACGCCUAGAUGCGGUGUCCCGUUCACCCAUUUUUGCGUGGUUCUCGGAGUCCUUGGCCGGACUUUCCACUAUCCGGGCCUAUGACCAGCAAUCCGUUUUCAUUGCGAACAACGCGCGCCGCAUUGAUCGGAACCAAUUGUGCUACCUCCCUAGUACCGCUGUCAACCGGUGGCUUGCAGUAAGAUUGGAGUUUGUUGGAGCAGUAAUUAUCUUCGUCACAGCUACUUUGGCUGUCUCUGCCGUUGUGACCAGCAACGUUGAUGCGGGUUUGGUCGGUCUGGUUCUUUCGUAUGCUUUGAACACGACAGGUUCACUGAACUGGUUCGUCCGCUCCGCAAGUGAAGUAGAACAGAACGUGGUUAGCGUUGAGCGUAUCGUCCACUAUGCGAAAGACCUUGAGCCAGAAGCUCCUUACGAGAUCUCUGAGGAUAAACCUGCCUCUGAGUGGCCCCCAGCUGGGGAAGUCGAGUUCCGGGAGUACUCAGCACGGUAUCGGCCUGGGCUUGAUCUAGUCCUCAAGGAAAUUUCGAUGACCAUAAAACCCAAAGAGAAAAUUGGAAUAUGUGGCCGAACUGGGGCAGGGAAAUCAUCCCUUCUUCUCGCAUUAUUCCGGAUUAUCGAGCCCGCGUCUGGAACUAUCUUCAUUGACAAAGUAGACAUUACUAAACUUGGCCUCCAUGACUUGCGUUCUGCGAUAUCCAUUGUUCCUCAAAGCCCAGAUUUGUUCGAGGGCACACUGCGAGAGAACAUCGACCCUGCUAGCGAGCAUCAGGACUAUGCUCCGGUUCAGGAGGCUGGAUCAUCGCUUUCAGCAGGUCAAAGACAGCUCUUGUGUUUCGCUAGGGCGCUCUUGCGCAAGGUAUGCGCGUUUGCUUUGGUUGAUUCAACAUCUGCAGUUGAUCUAGAUACCGACCGAGCGAUUCAAGAAAUUAUCCGAGGUCCAAUCUUCCGCGAUGUGACUAUUCUAACCAUUGCGCACCGCUUAAACACGAUCAUGGAGUCUGAUAGGGUUCUAGUUCUAGAUGCUGGAAGGAUUGCGGAAUUUGAUACGCCAAAGAAGUUGCUGGAGGACAAAGGUUCUAUUUUCCGCUCUAUGGCGAUGGAUGCUGGUUUAGUUCAAGUCCAGCUUGAUGAUGCAGAAGAAAACGCACAGGUGUGAAUAUACAUAACCAUCCACGACAUUUCUUGUGUUUGUUCGGAAAUAUAACGUUAUAAGUAUGUAGAUAAUACCACGUUGCUCUAGGUUUUGUCUUUCUCUGCCAACUAUUUAAUCGUGGGGUUGGGGUGCCCCGAUACUCGCCUCGCAAUGUACCGCAAGAGCAUCAAAUGAGCAGCCAGGUCGGCUUUGCUAGUGCUGGUACCCGAUGCCCCUGGCUUCGGGCAGGAAUGAAAGAGGUUGAAAGCGA